UGCUGACGGGGCUGGAGACAGUAGUUUUUGCAGCAACGCUUUUCAGAUUGAAGCCCCAUGAUAACAUUUUAAUAUUUAUCGAGCCCUUACUAUGUCUUAGGAACUGUUUUAGGAGUAGUGAAUGGAACAGUGAAUAAAUCAGACGAAUCCCUGCCCGAAGGAAACUUGCAUUAUAAUAAAAUUUGAGAAAAUGGUGGAAUGGAAUGGGGAUAGAAUCAGAAUUUUUUUGGUAUGGGUUGGAGGAAGAGGAAGUUAAAGGGGCUCAAAAAGACUUACAGGAAAAGGCUAAAGAUUAGAUUGGCAGAAGAGAAAGUAGAAGCCAUGUUUCGAAGACCUGUAGUACAGGUGCUUCAUCAGUUUGUAAGACAUGAGUCUGAAACAGCUAGCAAUUUGAUUCUCGAAAGAUCUUUGAAUCGUGUGCAGUUACUUGGUCGAGUAGGUCAGGAUCCUGUCAUGAGACAGGUAGAAGGAAAAAACCCAGUCACAAUAUUUUCUCUAGCAACAAAUGAGAUGUGGCGAUCAGGGGAAAGUGAAACAUACCAAAUGGGUGAUGUCAGUCAAAAGACAACGUGGCACAGAAUUUCAGUAUUCCGACCAGGCCUCAGAGAUGUGGCGUAUCAGUAUGUGAAAAAGGGAUCUCGGAUUUAUGUGGAAGGGAAAGUAGACUAUGGUGAAUAUACGGAUAAAAAUAAUGUGAGACGACAAGCAACAACGAUUAUAGCUGACCUGCAUAUGGUACAGGACUACAGCUGUGAUUUCAGCAGUGGAAGAUCAAGCUUUCUGAUGAAAUAAUUGACAUUUUAAAAUCUCUGUUGAUCACAUGUUUAUGAAGCAUGUAACACUUUCAUAGUCCCACUGUAAACGUAUUGUGAGGGCAAAUUUUGGAUUGUGCAAAUUGUUAUAAACCAGGCCAAAAAGAAACAUUUCAGAUUUUCUGCCAUUUUUUUUUUCUUGUCACUAGUAUUCACUAGCAUGAAUGACUAAGCAGUUAACAUAGGUUUAUGGCUAGUAGUAAAAUUAAACAGGUCUUUAGUGAUAUUAGAAUGGAAGGGAAUAGAGUUUAAUUUGGCUGAUCUGUUUUAUGGCCAUAUUCUUUUCUUCUUUGGAUGAGUGUAACUUAAAAAUAACCACCAGCAGGUGGCAGUCUUGUUUCUCUACACAGUGAUGUCAUUCUGCUAAUCUCUUCUGAAAUAAUCAUUCAGUACCAAAAUAUUCUAGUUUUAGAAGACUACAGUCAUGAAUAAAUAUUCAGUUAUUAUAUAAUAACCAUUUUUUAAUGAUUCUAAAGUUUAAAGAAUGUAGAUCUUUCAGUGUUGUAUCAGAUACUACUUUUUCUUUGCUUGUCCUAAACUUUCCGUACAUUUUAAGAGCAAUAUCUGAUGUUUUUGGAUAAAAAUGUUCUCUCUGAAAUACUGAUUAAUAAAAAUUUUCGCAAGAAUGAAUAUAUAAAACCCAUUCUGUUUUCAAAUUUAAAAGUAAAAUGUGUUCUAUAUGAGUGUUCAGACUUAAAAAACAUAAAUUUCUCUGUACUGAUGGCACUGUAUGUUGGACCCUGCCCUUCCUGCAUCCCUCCAGCAUGUGGAAUGUGAUGCCGUGAUCCUUUUCUGUGUGAGGAUGGUUUAAUGGCAUCUGUCUGAGCAUUGCACACAUCGAAAUUUGUGACUAGCUCUUUUGUAGACAAUUAUUGCUGAGAAGACCUUAGCUAUCUUUGGGGAAGACGAGAAGCAUCCCACCUUUUCUCCCAAGGUCUGAAUUGUUGAUAAACAGUUGAAGCCCAGCUUUUAGCUCUAUUAUGCCGAUUGUAUAUACCUUCCAAGAACAUAGCAAGCAGUAUAGCAAGAACAUAAUAUUUUGAGAAAUUGUCUGAAGUCUUUUCAGUGAGCAGCACUAAAAUAUGUAUGUGGUAGAGGUGAAUGUUUAAGUGAGAUGGAGAAAACGUUCUGAAAA